UCCGUAACCACCAUGCUCCCCGUCAAAGAAAUACAAGAACGAUCUGAUCGUCACCCCAAGCCUUCGGAUAUCAAGUUUCAGUAUGGGACUGCAGGUUUCAGAACACUGGGAAAGACCCUCGAUUCAGUGCUUUUCAGAGUGGGUAAACUGGAUGGAAAGACUAUUGGUGUAAUGGUGACUGCCUCACACAAUCCGGAGCCUGACAACGGAGUCAAACUCGUUGACCCACGCGGCGAGAUGCUCGAGUCGUCAUGGGAGGCACACGCUACCGCACUCGCAAACGCGCCCAGCAGUGUUGCUUUCGUUGCUGUGGUCGACGAACUGGUGAGAGCGACCAAAAUAGACCUCUCGAUUCCCGCCCGUGUGGUGUAUGCCAGAGACACACGCCCGACAGGCCCGCAACUUGUUGCCGCCCUUAAGGAUGGGUUGGAAGCGAUCAAGGCAGAGUAUAGGGACGCUGGCGUUACCACAACACCAGUGCUCCACUACUUAGUGAGGACAAUCAACACCAAAGGCACUAAAGAUUCGUACGGCGAGGAUACUGAGGAAGGAUAUCUUACGAAAAUAAGCGAUGCCUUCAAAAAGCUGCUUGCUGGAAAACCCCCGCCGCCGCCGUUACUCAUCGACUGUGCGAACGGCGUUGGUGCCUUGAUGGCUGAGAGAUUCAAAGCAUAUCUCGGAGAUAUCUUCGCGAUCAAUGUCGUGAACGCAGACCUGCAUACCCCUGGCGUACUGAACAACUCCUGUGGCGCGGACUUUGUCAAAGUCAAUCAGAAGCUACCUCCUUCCAUCACUCUGCAGCCAGGACAACGAGCUUGCAGUUUAGAUGGAGACGCCGAUCGCCUUAUGUAUUACUACGCAGAUGAACAUGGCCAGUUCCAUAUGCUCGACGGAGACAAGAUUACGACACUUGUGGCGAGUUAUAUCGUUGAGCUGGUGAAGGCCUCGGGAUUGGAUGAGCAAAUCAAAGUCGGCGUCAUCCAGACGGCAUAUGCGAACGGAAGCUCGACAAAGUACCUUUCCGGGAGACUUCCUGUCAAGUGUGUUCCUACAGGUGUGAAACACUUGCACCAUGCUGCAGAACAGUACGACAUUGGGGUCUAUUUUGAGGCCAAUGGGCACGGCACGGCGCUCACAAACCUGAGGAACAUCAUCGAUGUGAUUAACCAAACGGUUGGCGAUGCUCUCUCAGAUGCAUUCCUAGUGGAAGCAGUUCUAGCACACAAGUCUUUUAGCGGUGUGGAGUGGGACUCCAUGUAUUGUGACCUCCCGAACCGUCUUGUGAAAGUUGUCGUGAGUGAUCGGAAUGCGUUCAAGACGGAGGAUGCGGAGAGACGCCUAGUCAGCCCUCUCGGACUGCAGGUCAAGGUCGACGAGCUUAUGCGUAAGUACGGAGGGGGUCGCUCGUUCGUGAGACCGAGUGGUACGGAGGAUGUAGUCAGGGUUUAUGCUGAAGCAGCAACACGUGCUGAGGCUGAUGAACUUGCGUUUCGUGUCGCUGGUCUUGUGUAUGAUGAAGCGGGUGGUGACCCAUCACAGAGACCAAAAGAAUUUAUUUGAAUUCACAAUCACGUUUAGAUUUGGACAUUGGUACCCGAUGUGUACUCUGUAACAGGAUUAAUGGAGGAAUAGAAAUGAGCUACUUGCCUACGUGGGCCCAUGCGGACUGCUCCAGCACUCACCGAAUUGCAGUACAGAUAUCAUCAGACACCACUUCUGCUGGCAUCGAGUCAACGAUUAUCUGAUUUGGUUGUCUGAUCAGAGUGUGAUCAUACUUUUGUAUUAAAUAAGAUCGAUCAAUUGUAGCAAGUCGUUCACAUGCGA